CCCAUCGCUAGAAAUUUGCCCAUCCGUCUGGUAAUCGAGGUUUUUCUUGUUUCGGCGUCAAAAUGCUCAAAACCCCUUCUGCAUAGAAGGAAAUCGCGCAACGUCUCAGAUUUGCAAGCCUUACACGAUAUUCGGGCAAUAGGAAAAACCGCGCAGACAGCAAAAUCUUACCCACUAAGCUGCAUUUGUAUACAGAGAAGGUGGUGUUGUCUCCCUUUCGCGCCCGCACUGCUCGCUCCCGAUGUGCGAGCGAAACAACAACAAACAAGUUACAAGCGUCAACAAAAUUCCGUCUUCAAUCAAUGCUAAACUGGAGCUAGACUCCAGCAAAGACGACACCAUUCACUCCACAAGCUUGAACAAGAAACUGGUCAAGAUAAAAAAGUUCAAGUUGGACGAUAUGAAGGAGAUGGUGGGCGGUUGUUGCGUUUGUUCAGACGAGCGGGGGUGGCCGGAGAACCCGCUCGUCUAUUGUGACGGCCAGAACUGUACUGUGGCAGUGCACCAGGCGUGCUAUGGCAUUGUGACGGUUCCCACUGGACCCUGGUACUGUCGCAAGUGCGAGUCCCAGGAGCGAACCUCUCGGGUCCGUUGCGAACUGUGUCCCUCCCGGGAUGGCGCCCUUAAGAAGACAGAUAAUAGCGGGUGGGCGCACGUUGUUUGCGCCUUGUACAUCCCAGAGGUGCGAUUUGGGAAUGUGACCACCAUGGAACCCAUCAUAUUGUCAUUAAUACCGCAGGAGCGGUACUCAAAGACUUGCUACAUUUGCCAGGAGAUUGGCAAACCAAAUCGGGCCAAUGUCGGCGCCUGUAUGCAGUGCAAUAAAUCGAAUUGCAAGCAGCAGUUCCAUGUCACCUGCGCGCAGAGCCUUGGAUUGCUCUGCGAGGAGGCUGGUAACUAUUUGGAUAACGUGAAGUACUGCGGCUACUGUCAGCACCAUUACAGCAAACUGAAAAAGGGCGGCAACGUCAAAACCAUACCUCCAUAUAAACCCAUUCAACAUGACACCUCUUCCGAUUCAUGCUCGUCGCCCGAGAAGGAGAUCGAUUCUACCAUGAACUCCGCAACGACCUCGGCCACAAGCAUAAAGAUUACCAGCAGCAGUGGCAGUGGUGGGAGCAGCAGCAGCGUUUUGAAUGCAAGCUCCAGUGCUGGAAUCUCUGGGGCUGGCGCCAGUGGGAGUGCUGUCUCAUCUUCCUCAAAGCAGCGAAAGAGCAAUGCAUCCAGUAAAUCAUCUAACAGCAGUAGCAGCAGCUCGUCAUCCUCAACAGGAGUGACUCCCAACCCCUCCUCGAGUUCUGCGCAUUCGGGAAGUGCUAGCAGUAUGACAGGCGGAGGAACUUUACUACCAGGCAGUAGUAACAUCGGCAAUAUCAGCAAUAAUUUAAACAAUAAUCUGCCUGGAGGCAGUACGUCCACCAGCAGUGCUGGAAACGUAUCUGGUGGAAGUGGGGGAAAUCCAUCAGCUUCAAGCGGUAGCGCUACGCAAUCGACGAGCAGUCAAUCGUCAACAGCACCAGGGACCACAAAAUCUUCAGCCAGCAGUUCAAGCAGUAGUAGCAACAGCUACAAGGAGAAACAUAGCAAAAGCUUAAGCAAAUCCGCAUCCAGCAAGGACAAGGACGGAAAAGAUAGUGCUAGCAACUCAGCAAAUAACAAUUUCACUAAUUUAUCUGCAUCAUCAACAUCUUCCAACUCCUCUUCGACACGAGAGAAAUCCUCAUCAAAGCUUUCGAAAAACAAAGACUCAAAUCAAAUUUCGAAUGCCACAAGCAGCACAAGCACAACCAGCAGUAUCAACACCCAGCCCAGUUCGUCGACUUCAACUGCUACGAGUGGAUUGGGCGGGCCUGGGACUCAUGUGAGCAGUUCGGCUACCAGUGGAAUCAACACUGCUCCUUCAACAACGAAUGAGCACUCAAAUCAUGCCCACAACCUUAGUACGAAUGGAGCAGGAGCCGGAAGCGCAACGGGAAAAUUGCAAUCGGCGAGCAAUCUGAGCACCAGUAGUUCUGCUUUUGGAUCGGAUCUGCGAUCGGUCAGCACAUCCUCAAGCUCUACUUUGAACGACUCCACCGGAUUCGGAAGUAAUUUAAAUUCAGAAAGAGAGAAAUUAUCAGGCGCUGGAUCGUCGGCAAGCAACAUACCAGGAACCAUAGCACCUGGAACGGGUGUCGUAUCUUCAAGUGCUGCCACUAAUCUAAGCACUAAUAAGGGAAGCUCUUCGUCAUCGGCGGCGAAUAGUCUUACAACUACGAGCAGUUCCUCGGGCAGCUCCUCUAACUCGACAUCAAAAAAACGAAAAGCAGAUUCUGCUAAGUCCAGUAGCAGUAUUUCCACCUCCGUCUCCGCUCUGGAAGAUAACAAUAGGUGGGGAACGAGAAACGCAAAGAAAAGCUUAAUAUCCCGAUAUGAUAUCAAAGAUGUUCAUGUUGCACUGACGCCCCUAACAGAUUUUGAGAAGGAAAUUGAGAAGAGCUCCAAGAGGCAACGUACCGAACUCAGCCCGCCGACCCACCAAACAUCCGCAACCGCCGAAGUAAAUGCACCGCUGGCCAGCUCGACGAGUGCAUCCAUUGCGGUAACGGCGAGUGCGACAGCGGCAUCUGCCACUCCGGCAACGGGCACCACUACCUCAGGCAGCAUUAGCGGCAAUGCGGGCUCAACCUCCAGCGGUAACAGUUCCGGAGUUUCGGCGACUGGAGGAUCACAAGCCGCAGUGGGGUCUGGCGGCUAUUCAAAAACAGAAUCAAGCAAGUCGAGUGGCGCCGCAAGCGCAGGCAGUGGCAACAGCAGUAACACGAGUAGCACAAAGCACGGCAGCAGCAUCAAGGACAUUAGCAGCAGUGGCAAUCAGCCGCCAUCGGCUGCGAGCAGCAAUAGUGCACCCAGCCUUUAUGUCUCCGUGCCACUGUCCACGGCCAACGUACCUGGAAUCAAUCUGCCGACUAGCAGCACUAGCACUAAUACCACCAGCGAAUCCCAUUCAGCAUCCUCGCGCAGCAGUGGCGCACAAACCCAGCAUCAGCAGCAGCUAAGCAAUGCUUUGGUUGGUCCGUCAAUGGGAACAGCCGCUGGGUCUUUUCACGGCGGAACACUCAGCAGUGGGUCCUCGUCGGUCAUCCAGCACCAGAGCGGAAAGUCAUCGCCGGCUCUGGGCACUCUAGUCAGCGGCAACAGUGGUGGCAGUAUAAUCUCCGCCAGUGGCCUUUCACUACCCAGUGGUAACCUCACUGCCACGACCACGGAGAGCGGCAACUUGAAGAUUAGCUAUGAGAAGCAGACGACACGAGUGCAACAAUUGCAGGGCCAGGAGGCGCCACCGGCCAGACGCAGCAGAUCGCGCUCCGGUGAGAGUGGCAGUAGUCACCACCAUGUCCAUGCCCAUGCCCAUCACCACCACCAUCACCCCACCCAUCACAACAGCCAUCACCAACAAAAUCCACAGCAGCAGCAACAGUUACACCAACAGCAGCAGCAAAACGCGUCAUCACAGCCGCACUCCUCCACCAACUCAUCCUCAUCCUCCACCACUUCCACCUCCUCGUCCUCGUCCUCGUUAUCGGGUGGAGCUGCACCAGCCAUAUCGUCCUCCAACUCCAAGGGUCCCUCGAGAUCGGGCAAAAAGCGUGGGGCUGCGAUAAAUAAGAGCGAAGGUGCGACGGUGGCAACAACGGCAAUACCAGCAACUGUUGCUGCCACACCAGUCGAGAAGCAGAGUCGCCACAGCUCGCCUCACUACAGUGCAACCCCGACCCCUCCACCAACAUCUGCGUUACCACCAGUUGUAUCCUCGCCGGUGGUGAUGCUGCAAUCUCUGUCCUCGUCCUCGGUAGAUUCCCCGCCAACAACAGCAUUUGUUGGGGCGACUUCAAAUAGCCGCAACACGCGCAAUAACAGUAGCAAUUGCAAUCACAAUGGCGAGCAGACAUCCUCGUCCAGUUCGUCCUCUUCGUCCUCGUGUUCGGGUGGGGGCACCAGUGGUGCGGUUAAUGUGGUAAAUCUGCUAGACUCUCCGGUUAAUAUGUCAGCUUCAGGGAACUAUCGCAGCAGCAGCAACUCCACAGGAAAUGCCUUGCCGGCUGGCAGCAACGCCAACCAAGCCAAGCCUCUGAACAAGAAAAUGUUACGUGCACAGCAAACGCAGCUGUAUCAGCAACAGCAGCAUCAGCAACAACAGCAGCAUCAGCAAUAUGCACCCCCCGCUAGAUCCAUUUCCCCUAAUCUCAGCUCAGCCUCAGCUUCCAACUCAGCUAGCUUUACGCACAUGCAACAACAGCAACAGUCACAGCAGCAACAUGAAGAUCUAGAGAUUUUGCAAUUCACUAACACUAAUACAACUGCCUCUUCCAAUACGCCCACGUCAAAACCCAACAACAGAACGCCUGAUCUGAGCACGGCCAGCACUUCAUCGUCAUCGGCAACUGCAGUGCCCGCGACAACGUCUCCCUUGGUCGUACUGAACAACCAAUUGCCACUUAACUCGGUGGCAGCUAGUAGUUCUGCCGGUGGUCUUAAGUUUACCUACGAGAGUCAGACCCAGAUGGACGUGCCCAUGAUGCCUGUGAGCGCCAUAAAGGAUUCCCCGCCCAGUUCGCCCGGCUCGGAGAUAGGAUCUAACAUGCACUCCGCAACUGCAGCAGCCGGUUCCCUGGCUGGAGCUCCAACAGCGGCGGCUGCUCAAACUGGAAAUGUACGGAAGCGUGGACGCAAGGCCAAGGACGCCACAAUAGCUGCAGCAGCGGCGGCAGCAGCAGCAGCAGCUGCUCUCAGCAAUGCUCAACAGGAUCUCAAGGAUGUGCGCUUACUGCAAAAUGGAGCGCCGAAUGCUUCGGGCAAUCCAUCUAGCAGCACACCAACACCUCCUGCGACUCCGGCUUCGUCCAAUGCUGUCACCUCAGCCAGUUCGAUCAUUACACAUACGGCCGCCCAUAUGCUGGGCAACCAGAUCAACCCAAACAGCAGCGUUGCCCAGAAGCUGUCCGAGCAGCUACAUAUGGAGGUUCAGGAUCACUCGAUCUACACUCCCGAUUCAAUAAACUCGCAGUACGCUGGAGUUCCGUUUCCCGGCAAGCAGCGCAACUCAACGGCCGUGCCCAGCAACGCCACACCAGCUCCGAAUCCGCUGCAGUCGAUGUUCAGUGGUGGUGGUAUGAACGGUAACAUGCCCAUUCCGCAAAGUCUGGAGCAACUGCUGGAGCGGCAGUGGGAACAGGGCUCCCAGUUUCUCAUGGAGCAAGCGCAGCACUUUGACAUUGCCUCGCUGCUAAAUUGCUUGCACCAGCUGCAGAGCGAAAACCUCCGGCUGGAAGAACAUGUGACCAGCCUUAUAGCGCGACGUGAUCACCUGCUGGCGGUCAAUGCGCGCCUGCAGAUCCCCCUGAAUACCAUCGCAAGCAACACGAAGGCCGAGGCGCAUGCCGCCAUAUCAACAACGGCAGCUCCAACAACCACAUCAACAACCUCAACAACAACAGCAACAUCAACUUGUACAACUUCUGUCAUUUCCACAAUAGCUUCCAGCGGCAGCAGCAACAUCGGACUCGGCAGCAACAUCAGUGCCCUUAAUGCGGCCACAACAAUCGCAGCAGCCGUCUCACUGGCAACAACGGCCAUCAAUACCACCAUCCCCACCAUGGCUAAUAGUCGGCCUACAGUGGCUGCUGCGAGUUCCAGCGGAGUGCUCGACUAUCGCGGACCAGGUGCCACCAGCAACAGCAGCAAUAGCAACAACAGUAGCAAUACAAUUAGCAAUAGUGUGAGCAACAGCAGCAGUAAUCCUACAAGCUCUUCGAGUGCCAGCGGACCGCCUGCUUCAUCGAUGUCGAUCUCCGGCAUAAACAUGUCCAGUGCAACUAAUUUGGGAAUGAGACACGUGUCUACGGCCCAUGCGUACAACAAUGCUGGCAACAGCAGCAACAGCAACAGCAACGUUGGGAGCUUGAAUGCCAGUAGCGCCAUGAACAGCAACAGCUUGCAUCACCAGCAUUCAUCGCAGCAGCAGCAGCAUCAGGCGCAACAUCAGACGCAUCCUUUGCAGCAGCAGCAGCCACAAGUGCAACAUCAUCUGCAUCAGUCGCACCACACCAGCGCUGCUGUGGCAGCCGCCCAUAUGCUUGGCGUGGGAAUGAGCCUGGGCGCUGGAGGUGGUGCUGCCGGUGGAAUUGGACGAGGUGGGUCAGCGACAGCCAUGGCUGCAACAGCAGCAACAACCACAACUACUUUUACGACCACAGCGGGCACGGGCAUGGGUCAGCAGCACCACCACCCACACCCACACCAACAUCCUAGCAUUCAGAUUCAAGUGGGUGGCGGCGGCGUUGGCGUUGACGGUUUAAGUAGCACCUCCUCCUCCUAUGCGGUGCACCACGCGGCUCUGUACAGCACGCAUCAUCAGUCCCAACUAAGGCGCGACGAUAACCUCGCCAAAACCAGCUGAAAGUCGCACAGUGAGCAAGUCCUUCAGCAGCCGCAGCAACAGAUAACGAUAAAGAGAAAGCAGUCCCUGGCCAAACGAGGAGUCCGUCAUAGCAGUACCAGCAGCAGUAGCAGCAAUCACGGCAGCAAAAAACUGCCUCAGCACAGCAAAUACAACAAGCUGAAUCCGGCAGUGUCUAGCAGUCAGCAGCUAAUCGAAAAUAAUGAAGAUGAUCUCAGCAGCAAUAGCAGCUCUUCGACCUUUUCAUCCUCCUCCCAGCAGCAAUCCUCGGUGGACUACGAGGCAGAGGACGAGAACGAGGAGAAGCAGCGCAGGCCGUUGCAUAAAAACGACAACGACAGUUUGCUGCAUGUUCAAAAUUUCCUCAAGUGCUUCGGACCCAAUGCUUAUGCAUCGACAAAACCACCCACUCCAUCGCUCGCGUCAAAACCUUUAGCCUUUGUAAAGUCCCCUGCCGGAGUGCAACUGCGUGCCUCCUGGUGCCAGAAUUAUAGCUCUCCAGUUAAUGUUAAUGCAGUUCAGCCAGAAACCUCAAUAGUACCAUCACAGGCGGAUAACCGACAGCCGACAGCCGUAGAGGAAAACACAACCACAACCACAAUUACUGCCAUGUUUCAAGCCCAGUCCAGUGCAAGCCACAAACCAACCAAGUUUCAAAUAAACACAAAGUUUUUGCGCAAACCACGCAACAAACUGCUGAAAAUGCUGCCGACAGCAACGGCAGCUUCCGCGGCGACUGACUUCAAGCAAAACGAGCAAAUGGAGGAGCAGCCGCAGACGUUCAACGAUGAUUCCAACGCCAAAUUCAAAGACUUUUCAAUCGACUCGUUAUUGAAUAAGUAAACGUAAAACAUUUACGGAGUAGCACCUACAGUUUAGCCUUAUUAUUUGUAGCAUAAUAGAAGAAAUGCAAGCAGAGCCCAACCGCGUUCCUAAUUUUCCCCACAUAACCACCACAAAUUUUGUUUAGCCAAUCGAGUACCCAUACCAUGAACAUAGCGACAACGUAUUCUAACUACAAUUAACUACAAUUAGGUUGUUUAUUUAUUACAUGCAUAUUGUAUAACUAAUGGCGCAACUCAUAACUAGCAUAAGUAUGUAAAUAUCUACCGAAAUACGAUAAUAAACCACAAACACGUGUGCUAGAAUUUAA